AUGGGAAGCAGCUCCUCCACCCAGCAUCAUUUUGCUUUUCAGAAUGCAGAGAAAGCCUUCAAGGCAGCGGCCCUGAUUCAGAGAUGGUACCGGCGCCACGUGGCCCGCCUGGAGAUGAGGCGACGUUGCACCUGGAGCAUCUUCCAGUCCAUAGAGUAUGCCGGGCAGCAGGACCAGGUCAAGCUCCACGACUUCUUCAGCUAUCUCAUGGAUCACUUCACCCCCAGCAGCCACAAUGAGAGGGACUUCCUGAACCGCAUGUUCAUAGAGGAGAGCUUCUCCCAGGACUCUGAGAUGGAGAGAGACAGUGGCUACGAGUCCAUAGAGGUCCCAGACAGCUACACGGGGCCACGCCUCUCCUUCCCCCUGCUUCCUGACCACGCCACUGCCCUGGUGGAAGCCUUCAGGCUGAAGCGACAGCUCCAUGCAUGCUACGUCUUGAACCUUUUGUAUGAAGCCAAGAAACACCUGGUUCAGCUGCCAAACAUCAACCGGAUCUCAACCUGCUACAGCGAGGAGAUCACAGUGUGUGGAGAUUUACAUGGCCAGUUGGAUGACCUAAUAUUUAUAUUUUAUAAGAAUGGCCUCCCAUCACCAAAGCGGCCGUACGUGUUCAACGGCGACUUUGUGGACCGAGGCAAAGAUUCCAUAGAGAUCCUGAUGAUCCUUUUUGCCUUCAUGCUGGUUUACCCAAAAGAGUUCCAUCUUAACCGAGGAAACCACGAGGACCACAUGGUGAACUUACGAUAUGGCUUCACCAAGGAAGUAAUGAAUAAAUAUAAGAUACAUGGCAAGAAAAUACUAAGAACCCUGCAAGAUGUUUUUCGUUGGCUUCCGCUGGCCACUCUGGUAGAUGAGAAAGUUCUAAUUCUUCAUGGAGGGGUGUCAGACAUGACCGACCUCAAGCUUUUGGACAAACUAGACAGACACAAGAUCGUCUCCACCUUGAGAUGCAAAACGAGAAAGGACAGCGACAAGCAAGCGCCGGAGCCGGAGCCGGAGCCGGAGCCAAAGCAAGCCGGCCCGACGGGCCCUGCGGAGAAGCCGGUGCCCUGGUUCCUCCCCCAGAGCCGCUCCCUGCCGUCCUCGCCCUUCCGGCUCAGCUCGGACCGGGCCCCCAAGGCCAGCCGCUCCUGCAGCAUCCCCUGCAGCGGCCCCCUGGACCGCAAGGAGCUGUCCCGGCGGGUGCGGCGUUCCGUGGACCUGGAGCUCGAGCGCUGCAGGCAGCAGGCGGGCUUCCCCGCAACCCGCGAGAAGCAGGAGCCCCCGCUCGCCGAGGCCGAAGCCGAAGCCGACGCCGAAGCCGAAGCCGAGCCCACGCGCGGGGAGUGGAGGCAGGUUGUGGAUAUCCUAUGGAGUGACCCCAUGGCCCAGGACGGCUGCAAGGCCAACACUGUUCGAGGAGGAGGCUGUUAUUUCGGGCCAGAUGUGACAGAACAGUUGCUACAGAAAUACAGCCUGCAGCUCCUGAUUCGCUCGCACGAGUGCAAACCCGAAGGCUAUGAAUUCUGUCACAACCGCAAGGUAUUGACUAUCUUUUCUGCCUCCAACUACUAUGAAGUGGGCAGUAACAGAGGGGCCUACGUCAAACUGGGGCCCGCCCUGAUCCCACACAUCGUGCAGUAUCAAGCUAACAAGUCAACCCACACGCUAACCAUGAGACAAAGGAUUAGCAGAGUGGAGGAGUCAGCUCUGAGAGCUUUACGGGAAAAACUGUUUGCUCAUUCCUCAAGUCUUCUCAGCGAGUUUAAGAAGUAUGAUACAAAUAAGACCGGUUCAAUUUCUCUGAGCGACUGGGCAGCAGCGGUGGAGUCUGUGUUGCAUCUGGGACUGCCUUGGAGGAUGCUGAGGCCGCAGCUGGUGAGCAGCUCAGCAGACAACACACUGGAGUACAGGUCCUGGCUGGAGGACUUGGCCGAGGAACAACUGAGCCAUGAGAAUAUUCAGUCAAGCUUGCUAGAAACACUCUAUCGAAAUCGAUCCAACCUGGAGACCAUUUUCAGGAUCAUAGACAGUGAUCAUUCAGGGUUCAUCUCACUGGACGAGUUCAGGCAGACCUGGAAGCUUUUCAGCUCUCAUAUGAAUAUUGACAUCACGGAUGACUGCAUCUGUGACCUUGCUCGAAGCAUCGAUUUCAACAAGGAUGGCCACAUCGACAUCAACGAGUUCCUGGAGGCCUUCCGCCUUGUGAAGCAGUCCUGCUCAGAGGGCGACACCUCAGAUUGUCCAUAG